AUGUCAGCUCUUAUGUCAUGUUUAUGCCAUUGUUAGGCUAUUUCCAUGUCAUAAUGAGGUGUUAUUGUUACCCCUUUGACUUUGCACUUGUCUCCCAUUGAAGAAAUGGUGUGUGUGUGCACUGUGUUCAGAGACAUUUAAAGGAAAAUACAAUCAACCAGUGGAGGCUGCUGAGAGGAGCAAGGCACAUAAUAAUGUCUGGAAAGGAGCUAAUGGAAUGGCAUCAUACACAUGGAACCCAUAUUUGAUGUAUUUGACACCAUUCCACCUAUUCCGCUCCAGCCAUUACCACGAGCCUGUCAUCCCCAAUUAAGGUGCCACCAACCUCAUGUGCAAUAAACAGUCAUUUUUGUGUUAUGCUUCAGCAGCUCACGUAUCCAUGGCUACCCGGAUGGUGCAACUCGCUCAGCCCAAACCCAACCUGCUCCGAUUCCCCGACCGGUACUGCCACACACGGUCAGUCUACUGGCUAGAUGAACUCCCACCUGAAAGAAAUGGCUCCACCACCACGUUUGAGUUGACGCCCCACUGGUCCCAGCUGUGUGGCAGGAAGCGGCUUAAUUCUGGGUUUGAACAGAGCAGGUCAUCUCCCCAAUGGGAGGUCAGUGUAGCAGCUUUGAGUGCCUAUCCAUCCAAUAGAGUGUGUUCUCUGGCUUUGCCCCGCCUCCCCACCGUAGGCUGGGAACCUGACCGCCCCCUACUGGCCUCCCUGAGCAGAGCGGUGCAGACUGCAGUAGCCAGUCCUAGGGUCUGCCAGUUGGCCUGUCCCAAGCGGAGGCAGGGUCUCUAUUCGCCCCAUUCGUCGAAGACCUCACUGGCACCCCCUCACCCAGCUGCAACCUCCUCCCGACUACAGCUCCUCGCCCUCCCUAAGUCUGACCACCCCCAGUAUGCCCAGGACCGUCAAGUCAGCUGGCCAGUGCCUGGGCCAGUGAGGAAGGCAGUAGCCAGUGAGAGGGUGCAGGUCCUUUCACAGCCCAACCAGCGGAAGGCGCUGUUCCAAGGCUACAACCCGUACACGGUUACCCUAGCUGCACGCUCCGCUAGCGCCUCGCCACGCCUACAGGAGCUUUGUCUGCCCCUGCCGCGGAAAUGCAAGGGCAAAUAGACGAAUGCAUCUCAUCUCACACCUCUACAGUACCUCCAUCCGCCUCUUCUUCAGAUACUCUGUCUCCAGUACAGCAUGUCUAUGUCCCUGAUCACCACUGCUCCAUAUUAAAGACCCUCUAUGAUCUCAUUGAGACAUGUUGCUGGGUCUUUGUUCAGGUCCAACGGGACCACUGGCUUUAGAAAGUGGAUUGUUUAGUGCUGUGACGUUCAACAUCGUGCUGUUCAUUCAACUGAACUGAAGUGACUUUUACUAUCACCAAAGGAGAGUUGUCACGGACCUAGAACAUUACAACGCACAUUACAUACAUAAAGCGAAAACCACCUGAAUAUAAAAGUCUACCUUAUAUAUUUUAGUGUGUACUUGUAGUAUGUGACAGAUGUAGGAAACCUGACAAAGGAUGUAAUAUCUUUAAUGAAUAUUCCCUCUCCUGUUAACCCUCUACUGCACAUACAGUUGAAGUCGGAAGUUUACAUACACUUAGGUUGGAGUCAUUAAAACUUGUUUUUCAA